AAAAAAACCCUUGUAUCCGUCUGCUACGGAAAAGAUGCGGUACAUCCUGAAUCUGCUGCAGCUGGCUGUGUGAAGAGUUUGUCAAGGAGGAUCCCACAAGUUGUGUGAGUGGAGCUCCACAGACCAUGAAGUCUGCAGGAUGUUAGAGUCUGUCUCUGCGCGGUAAACCCAGAAAGCUGGGAAGCCGGGAAGAUGCCGCUUGUUCCGUAUUGACAGGAUGAGAGGUUACCAUGGAGAAGGCAGUAAAUCACAGCCUCCAUGUCACUGUAUGCCAGAAACCCGGGAAAGAGCACUGGAUUUCACUCAUCACGGCCCAGACUUCCGCAAAUCCUACCCACGCAGCGCAUCUGAGUCUUGUUCCCUUGAUCUGCACUAUUGCCCUUCUCGGAGUGCCGGUGUGACCCCAGAUUGCCCUGGUGGUUCCAUGAGCAUGCCAGAACCCCGGUCCUCCAGUGGUGGUACUUACCCCAGAAUGCACCACAAUCCCCAGCAGUACGACUCUUGUGAUGAAUGUAUGGCUGCCAUUGCUCAUACCUCCAGCAAGAUCAACCGCCUACCCCCCACCUUGCUGGAUCAAUUUGAGAAGCAGUUGCCUUUGCACCACGACGGCUUCCAUACCCUCCAAUAUCAACGGACCAGCACCACAGAGCAGCGCAGUGAGAGCCCAAGCCGCAUUCGCCACCUUGUGCAUUCAGUGCAAAAGCUCUUUGCCAAAUCCCACUCCCUAGAGACACCCUCGAAACGUGAAUACAAUGGCACCAGGUAUGAGGGGCGUGGAGGGGAUGGCUACCAGCACUCCCAGCCUCGACAUAGCAAAAGGAGCAAAAGCAAAGAUCGUAAGUCAGAAACCAAGCACCGUUCAAAGAUGGCAGGGUGGUGGAGCUCCGAUGACAACCUUGACAGCGACAGCAGCUUUCUGGUGUCAGCUCGUCAUGCCAUGGAGCACGGAGCUCCCUUUGGAGUGGACACUCCUGAAAGUGCCUUCAGAGACUUGACCUUGAAGAGUCUAAAAGGAGGAGGUGGAGAGGGAAAAUGUCUUGCCUGUGCUGGGAUGUCCAUGUCCCUGGAUGGACAGACACUGAAAAGAAGCACGUGGCACACAAUGACAGUCAGCCAGGCAAGGGAGGCCUAUCCUAGCUCAGGGGGCCAUCACCAGGACAAGAUGAUGAUGCUUCAGGAGGCUAAAGGGAAAGAAAGAGGGUAUCAUUACUUACAGGUACCAUCAGAUGAAUGGGGUCCAUACCAAGCACCAGGCAAGGAAGGCGAAAUACCCUGCAGGAGGAUGAGAAGCGGCAGCUAUAUUAAAGCCAUGGGAGAUGAUGACAGUGGGGACUCAGACACCAGCACCAAAAUGUCACCCAAGGGUGCCACGCGUAGGGAGAGAUAUCGCAGAUCUUCAAGUGUCGACCAUCCCAGAACCAAGUUUCCUUGUAAGCGAUAUUCUGACUCAUGUCUCUGUAACUGUCCCAGCUGCUGCACGCCACCCAAAAUCCAUCCAAAGGGACACGGCUAUGGCCUCUCCAUAUUGGGUCAGAUAAAAGGGGAACUAAACCACCAGUCAGGGGCCAUGUGUGAAUCUGUGUUCAGCGAAGUGGAAUCUCAUGCCGUAGAGGCCUUGGAUCUCCCUGGCUGUUUCCGAAUGCGCAGUCACAGCUACCUCCGUGCCAUCCAAGCUGGCUGCUCCCAGGAUGAUGACUGCAUCUCUGUCUUCUCCAUGUCUGCACCAUCAGGACCAACACUUGCCAACAGCAUCCUCAAACCCAACACUUCCUUCAGUUACCGCAAAGCCCCACCACCCAUUCCACCCAGACUUCUCUCCAAGCCUCUCAUCUCGGUGACAGCCCAAAGUAGCACAGAAUCUACCCAUGAAACCUUUCUGCACAAUGAGCCCACACGGUUGCCUUGGUCCAAAGAUGUCAAGGGCCACAGCAACUCUAAUGAGAACCUGGAGGGCACCAAGUCCAGGGGACUCUCUUUGGACCUGGCGACUGUCCAACACAGGAUUUCUCCUAAACCUCCCACUGUGAUCAGCAAAGCCCUACCAAUACGAGAAGACUCAAAAGGAAGCACCAGGCAAAAAAAAUGGCGUCCUUCUAUUGGAGUACAGGUGGAGACAAUCUCGGACUCGGAUACGGAAGGAAAAAGCCGGAGAGAGUUUCACUCCAUUGGGGUUCAAGUUGAAGAUGACAGAAGGAAGGCAAGAUUUAAGCGCUCUAACAGUGUAACAGCUGGAGUUCAGGCCGACCUUGAGUUAGAAGGCUUUCCUGGCCUGACUGUUCCAACAGAAGACAAGGGUCUACAGUUUGGGCGCUCUUUUCAACGACACUCAUCUGAGCCCUCUGAUUCCAGCCAGCAGUACUCUGUCUAUAAGACAGUACACACCCAGGGCCAGUGGGCAUACAGAGAGGACUAUCAAAUGCAGUAUGACCCAGCCGAGGAAGCCCAUCAGGAGUCCUGGAUUGACAGGGGCACUCGCAGUCUCCCAGACUCGGGGAGGGCAUCUCCCUGUCACCGGGAUGGAGAGUGGUUCAUCAAGCUGCUGCAGGCAGAGGUGGAGAGAAUGGAAGGAUGGUGCCAGCAGAUGGAGAGAGAGGCUGAGGAGUAUGAUCUUCCAGAAGAAAUCUUGGAGAAAAUUCGCAGUGCUGUGGGAAGCUCCCAACUCCUCAUGUCUCAAAAAGUACAGCAAUUUUUCAGACUUUGCCAGCAAAACAUGGACCCCAACUCAUUUCCAGUGCCCACCUCUCAGGACCUGGCUGGGUUCUGGGAUCUCCUCCAGCUUUCCUUUGAAGACGUGGGUAUGAAGUUUGCAGAGCUGCAACAACUGAAGGAAAAUGGCUGGAAACCACUGGAAUGCAAGGAGGAGAAGAAGAAGGUGCCUCCUCCAAUACCAAAGAAGCCUCUCCGCCAGAAGGUACAUCCCAUCAAGGACCGCUCCUUGGAUUCUGUUGAUCGUCAGAGACAAGAAGCUCGAAAGAGGCUACUGGCAGCCAAGCGUGCUGCCUCAUACCGGCACAACUCUGCCACAGAGAGUGCAGACAGCAUAGAGAUAUACAUCCCUGAAGCCCAAACCAGACUGUGAAGAGGACAAUGUACACUAACCUUUUGUACGCGCUGUAUAUUCAACUAUACAUAUAUACAUAGAGAAGAUUUAGAGAUUAUUCUAAGAAAAAAAACACUGAAAAAAUGACCACAGCUGUGUAACUCGGGGGAGGCCCCUCUCACCUGAACCAAACAAUCCCUUCAUUAAUAACCCCAAAUGUAGAAAUAGAUAACCCACCAGUGCUAAUGGUGAACCCAUCACUGCAGAGGUAAAAGCUAAAUGUACCCCUCAAGACCCUCCAAAUCAUCAUGUAGCUUGAGAAAUGGCCAUGCUGUAUUGCGAAUUAGUACUGAGUAUAACCAUGAAA